AUGGGAGUUGAAGGCACUUGGGAAUACUUCUCCAAUUUGAUUAACAAACACAGGAAGAAGAAGAAACAGAUGCAAACAGUGUCCUUAAAGGUUCGUAUGGACUGCGAGGGUUGCGGUCGCAAGAUGAAGCAAAUCAUGUCUCGUGUAAAAGGGGCGAAGAAAGUGGAUGUGGAUGUGAAGCAAAUGAAGGUGACAGUGACAGGAUACAUAGAGCCAAAGAAGGUGCUGAAGGCAGCACAAGCAACGAAGAAGAAGGUGGAGAUGUGGCCUUAUGUUCCAGUUUCAUUGGAGCCAUAUCCAUAUAUAUCAGCCUCGUACGACAAGAAAGCUCCUCCAAACAUGGUUAGAAGUGUUCCCAACACAGCCACCAUUACAGAGACUCUUGUCAAUGAAAACUAUGUUCGAAUGUUCAGUGAUGACAAUCCCUACGCUUGUUCUAUCAUGUAACUACCUACUUAAUUACUUAAUUAGCCCUUCAAUUCAAUAACUAAUAAUCCCAAUAUUCUCUACACUUUUACACUCUGCCAUAAGCUAUAAUAUGUUUUUGGUAUUAGUCCCGUACUUUUAGCUUUGAUUCAUUAAAGUUAUUGUACUUCAUUUUGAUCUACUCUAUGUACUUUCAAUUUUUGUUCA